AAUGGAAUUUUAAUAAAAUAUCUAGAAUGUGCUUGAGACGCCUCCCCAUGUUGAACUAUCAUCUCAUUAUCAUAUCCGUAUUAUAAAGUGAGAAAUAUAUAUCUAAUUAUCUGUGAAGAUGGAUAGGGGCUAUGUGGUAGAUCGAAAAGAGCACCCGAAAGAUACUGCGGGUAUUUGGUCAUUGUUGACUUUUUCGUACAUACAUCCUAUCAUACGCAGAGGAAAUAAGAGGGAUCUAACUGAAGAUGACAUUCCCAAAGUUUGGUCAAAAUUUAAAUCGACCGAACUGGGCGACAGAAUGGAGCAGGCCUGGGAAAACCAAAAGGUGAAAAAGGGUCAGAAGAAAUCGGUUUUUCGAUUGUUAGUCGAUUGUUUUUGGAGGCAAUACCUGUUGCUUGGGAUAUUCCAGUUGGUUGUGAAAGUUACAUAUGCUAUCCUCACCCCUCGGGCUGUGGCCACUUUAGUGAACUACUUCAAGGAGGGCCAAACUGAGAUAUCGAAAAACGAAGCAUGGUUCAAUGGCGCAAUAGUAAUUUUCACGAAUGCUGGCUAUCUUUUCUACGAGCAUCAUUACGUCCUGUUAAAAACCGAAUUCGGAAUGCAAAUAAUUAUCUCUUUAUCCUCGCUGGUCUAUAGGAAAGCUCUCAGACUGAGUCCGGCAAAGUUGGCCGAGAUCUCCAUUGGCAAGAUCAACACCGCCUUGGUGAAGGACGUGGUGCAGAUUGAAGAAGCAACUUAUUAUUUGAACGAUCUUUGGGUGGAGAUAGUACAGUCGAUUGUGGUCCUGUAUCUGCUCUAUUCAAUGGUUGGCAUUUCUGGGAGUGCUGGCUUAGGGACCGUUUUCAUCGUGAUAAUCGCACAAUUGUACAUAGCGCUCGUGGUUUUCAAAAAAAGAAAAGCUGCGAACAACAAAUCGGACGAAAGGCUUCAACUUACUCAAGAAAUAAUCACAGCUAUAAGGGUGAUAAAGAUGUAUGCUUGGGAAAAAUUCUUCGCCAAAAAAAUUAUUGGUGCACGAAAGCAAGAAAUACGUAAGAUAAGAACACUAACUGUGCUGAAGUUCCUAGCUAUGUUCUUGGGCAACUUGUGCUACAAGCUAUCCUAUCUUUUCAUCAUCAUUGUUUACCUUUGGACUGGUCAUAAUUUGUCUGCAGAGAUGGUCUACUUCACAGCAACGUGCUACCAGAGGUUAAGGAGGGCCAUAGCUUUCAUCAUACCCAUAUGUUGUGGAUCAAUCGCCGAAUUCAUAGCUUGCUUGAAGCGAAUCGAAACUAUUCUUGUCGCUGAAGAGAUAGAUCCCAACGAGCAGAACACCCCAGAGUCUGUCAUUAUGCCCAAAGUGGAUUUCGUUUCGGUGGAUGUAGGUGUUAAUAAAACUCCAAUUUUGAAAGAUGUCAGCAUGAAACUCAAACCGGGUUUGAAUGUUCUUAUUGGUCCAGUUGGUUGUGGUAAGAGCACCCUCAUCAAAGCGAUCUUGAAAGAGUACAUACUUCUAUCUGGAAAAAUGAAUAUUGAAGGAACACUCUCAUACGCGCCACAAAACCCUUGGGUGUUUCCAUCAUCCAUAAAACAGAAUAUUGUGUUCGGUCAAGCAUUCGACGAGGUAAAAUAUAAGAGAGUACUUGAAGCCUGUGCGUUGAAGUUUGAUCUGGAUGGUUUAGCUGAAGGAGACGAGACCAUUCUAAGUGAUUGUAGUGUGAAUCUGAGCAAAGGUCAACAAGCUAGAGUGAACAUAGCGAGAGCUCUUUACAAAGACAGCGACAUAUAUCUGUUCGACGACUCAUUGUCCUCUCUCGAUAGUCACGUAAAGCAAUACAUCUUCGAAAACAGCAUCCAAGAAUAUUUGAAAGAUAAACUGGUCAUUCUCGCUACCCACGACACUAAAUUCGUAUCUAAGGCAGACAACGUCGUCAUAAUGUUGGAUGGGACUGUAACCUACUCCGGUAAACCUAUGGAUAUCCCUCAGAAGCUCACCCAAAGUCUCGAGAGCCUUGAUAAAGAUCUAUGCGAAUCUGACGAGGAGAAUGACGAUGAGAGCAAGGAAACUGAAGAAGACAAACCGUGCAAUGAAAAGACGGAGUUGAUAGCGAAAAUGUGCUCUUCGACCAAGGCAAAUGUUUACCACGAAAGCUUAGCAACAGGGGGGAUAGGUUGGGAGAAUUACAAAAAAUAUUUCAUGUUUGGAGGUGGUUUUGUUAUAUUCUUCAUCGUGUUCGGGGUUUAUGUGGUCGUGGAGUUUUGUUCGGGUUACUCCGAUAAAUUGAUGACUCAUUGGGUUCUACUGGAAGAGAAAAUUGCUCUAAAUCAAAAAAGAUCAAUGAUGACUUCGAAUACGAACACUACCAGCAAUUUUGCCUCAACCACUACAGAUUAUAUUCUAGAAAAUAUUUCAUCAAUCUCCUACGACUACGAAAGCACGAGUAGUUAUUUUACAACUGAGACAUCCUCUGAAGACCUUUCCACAUCUUUCACAAUGUCAACAAUUUUCACAAACGAUACAUCAAGUAAUAUUACUUCACCAAUAGAAUAUCUCUUAUAUGAGCGAAUAUUUUACCAAAAUUGGUAUUGUUUUCUGGUAAUAGCUGCCUGUGUACUUUCUUUUGUUGCGAACGUUUUAUUCUUCAUAUUCAGCUUGAAGGUUUCGAAAAAUUUGCAUAAAUCUAUGAUAACCAACGUUCUCGGUUCACAUAUAUCUUUCUUCGAUGUGAACAUGAGUGGAAAUAUUAUGAAUAGAUUUUCCAAGGAUUUGUUCAACAUAGACGAGUGGAUACCAUAUAUCAUCAACGAAGCCAUGAAGAUGUUAACUAUGAUGACAUCUACAGGAUUAUUGAUUGCUUCAAUCAACCUGCCGUUCACAAUAAUGACAAUCGCUUUGGUUGUGAUAUUCUUCUUGGCUUCUCGCUAUUGCAUAAAACCUGCACGAACACUGAGACGUUUAGAUAUGGCUACAAGGAGUCCUUUGCUUGGUCAUCUUAACGCUUCCCUGGAAGGAUUAACAACAAUAAGGGCAUACGGUACACAGUCUGUCCUUGCAACUGAGUUUGAUAAACAUCUCGAUCAUUACAUUGCCGCCCAUCAUUCGUUCGAAAUUCUGAUGAGAUGCCUGUCUUUUUCACUACACAUGCUGUCUGCUGUCUAUGUCACUACCAUCAUUUUGAAGUUUUUAGGACAAGAAGGUGCAUCCUCCUCGAAUGUUGGAUUGGCCAUAACCCAGUCCUUCGUCCUGAGCAAUUUCCUCGACUGGGGAGUACGCCAAUGGGUUAUGCUGGAGAGCAUCAUGACCAACUUCCAACGCUCGGUGGAAUACACGGACGUCAAGCAAGAAUUGCAGACCGGCCAAUGCUUGUCCAACUGGCCAUCCCGUGGAUGCAUCAAGUACCAGAACGUCAGCCUGACCUACAGAGAGAAUAACGAGACAGUCCUGAAAAACCUGAAUUUCACGAUAGAACCGAAUGAGAAAAUCGGAAUUGUUGGUAGAACUGGGGCCGGGAAAUCUUCCAUAAUCGUAACACUAUUCAGGCUAUACGACUGCGACGGCGACAUCGUUAUAGACGACGUCAGUAUCAAAACGUUAUCACUGGAUUAUCUCCGAAAUAACAUCAGCAUAAUACCUCAAGAUCCGAUCAUAUUCAGUGGAUCGGUGCGUUCCAAUGUUGAUCCUCUGAGAAAAUUCUCGGAUAACGAUAUCUGGCAAGCGUUGAGUGCUGUCAAUCUCAAAGCCUUUAUAACUGAUCUCGAUGAAGAUAUACACGAUACCGGCCUCACCUACAGCGUUGGCCAGAGGCAGCUCCUGUGUCUAGCUCGCGCCAUAGUCAGGAAAACUAAGAUCAUAAUUCUGGACGAAGCCACAGCGAAUAUGGACGAGGAAACAGAUCUCUUCAUCCACAACAAAAUCGAGCAGUUGUUCGAGAAUUGUACAACCAUCACUGUCGCCCACAGGUUGAAUUCAGUGAUGAGAUGCGAUAGGGUCAUAGUGAUGGACCGAGGAGAGAUAAUAGAGUUCGAGAGUCCGAAUGCUCUUCUAGAGAAUAAAGAUAGUAUUUUCUACAAGAUGGUGCAUCAUCAUGAUGAUCAGUAAUUUUAAUCUUGUGGGAGCUAAGUUUGUACUCAAACUUCAAGAUUCCAUUGAGCAAAGUUGUGUUUGUGAUAAUCACAAAUUUAUUGAAGACUGAACGUUCGAUUUAUUGAAUGUAAAUAUCGUUUAAUUUGUUUAUGCAUUCUGCGAUUGUUAUUUUUGCUUCCGUAUUUGACUGUUCAAGACUGUUAAGCAAUCAUGUUUAAUACUCAAUUGCGAUUGGUCAAUACGAAACAGUUGAGAGAAAAAGCAGAAGGGAAAUGAUCUGCUUUUUCCUUAUUUCACAUCAUUUUGUAAUUCAUUUUUGAAAAUAAAUUUCAUAAUCUAAAAAGA